AUGCUCUACGAUCUCAAUAUUCCUUGGUCAUCAAGUAAAGACUCUCUUGAUCUCCAAAGGACUAUUUCCUUCCUUUCAGAAUUAGGUUAUGGCACCAUAGCACUCAAUCACAUCCAUAGCGGACCACUUCCUUCCAAUAUAAUCAAUCCAAUACCCACGACCUUUCCCUUCACAGUUCCGUCCAAAACUGUAAUUCUCCGCCGCUGCACCCUCGUUCUCUCCGACCCCUCUCUCAAUCACCGUCUCUCAGCCAUUUCACCCGCCUACGAUAUCCUCGCUAUCCGCCCUACCACCGAAAAGGCUUUUCUCGCAGCAUGUCUCAAUCUGACGGAGCAUUCCCUCAUCUCCCUCGACCUCACACAACGAUUCCCAUUUCAUUUCAAACCCAAGCCUCUCAUGGCAGCUAUACAUCGCGGCAUCCGAUUCGAGAUAUGUUACGCGCAAGCCACGAUGGAAGAUUCGAAUGCGCGGAAAAACUUCAUAAGUAAUUGCUUGGGGAUAUUCAGAGCUACGCGGGGCCGAGGGAUUGUGAUAAGUAGUGAAGCCAAGACUGCAUUGGGUGUGAGGGGCCCAGCAGAUGUGGUUAAUUUGAUGGCGGUAUGGGGACUGGGGAGAGAAAGAGGUAUGGAAGGAUUAGGUGACAAUCCAAGAUCAGUAGUCAUAAAUGAAGGCUUGAAGAGAAGCUCGUUCAGAGGAGUCGUGGAUGUGAUCUACGGCGGGGAAAGGAGUGCCGCCAAGGAUACCGAAAUUAAUGAGGCACGGAAGAAUAAAGCAAACAAUGGGGGAAAAGGAAAGGGUAAGAGAAAGGUCGAAGAUACGGAGGCGAAAGAGAAUGAGCCACCUCAAAUAAGCAAGAGACAGGCAAAGAAACAGAGGAUGGAGACACUGAAAGCCGCUGGAUCCAAUCCAAGCUCAUCCAAAGAGACAACCCCCUCGGAAGAAACGACUUUCACAGUUAUAGAUACUCAUAAUAUAAUAAAAGCGAAAGCAAAUAGUUGA